ACGCCAAAACUAAAGCAACAAGAGAUAUAUAUCUCUAACAAGCUCUCGCUUUCUUUUGUUCUCGAUCUUCACGUUGUAGUCUAGGGUUUCUGAUUUAAGGUUUUCAAAGCCCUUUUUUUUUCGGCAAUGGAGACGGUGACGAAGCUAGCUGCGGAGAAGCCAGUGGUGAUUUUCAGCAAGAGUACGUGCGACAUGUGCCACACCAUCAAGACCCUCUUCUAUGGCUUUGGGGUGAACCCCACGAUCUAUGAGCUCGAUGAGAUGCCUAGAGGGCGUGAGAUCGAACAAGCCCUCUCAAGGUACGGCUGCAGCCCGACGGUGCCGGCUGUAUUUGUGGGUGGUGAGCUCGUGGGUGGACCCAAUGAAGUCAUGAGUCACCACCUUAACCGGUCUUUGAUCCCCAUGCUGAGACGGGCUGGAGCUAUAUGGGUUUGACUGAAAAAAUGUCUAGUGAAGUAAUAAAUAUGUGACUUUAGUCACAUUACAGGCCAAUAACGUAGUAGUAAUUACUGACCUCUAGAGUCUGCUUACCUACAUAUAUAUCUUUUUGGCAACAUAAUGUACUACAUAUAAAGUUUUGUCUUUGUUUCCUCUCUAUACGUAAAUAAAGAGAAUCAAGGUGU